UCGGAUUUCGACGCUGCCUGCUGCAGUGGAGAACUGCCGUAGCCAUGCCGCACACAGGUCAGGCCGGUGUGAAUCAGCUGGGCGGCGUGUUCGUCAACGGCCGCCCGCUGCCCGAGUACGUGCGCCGGCGGAUUGUCGAGCUGGCGUUGCUCGGCGUUCGGCCGUGCGACAUCUCCCGACAGCUGCUCGUCAGCCACGGCUGCGUCUCAAAGAUCCUCACCCGGUUCUACGAGACGGGCAGCAUCAAGCCGGGCGCCAUCGGAGGCAGCAAGGCCAAGCAAGUGGCCACUCCGACGGUGGUGAAGAAAAUCCUGCGUAUGAAGCAGGAGAACCCUGGCGUGUUCGCCUGGGAGAUCCGUGACCAGCUGCUCAGCCAGCGGGUCUGCAACCCGAGCAGCAUCCCGUCCGUCUCCAGCAUCAACCGUAUCCUGAGGAACAGCGGCGUCUGGACGCCAGGUCCCGGUCAGCCGGAGCCGGCCGCCGAGCCAGGACCCAGCGGGUACUCAGAGUCCCCGAUACCGUCUCUGUGGGCCGCCCCGUCAUCCGCCGGCGGUCUCGGCUCACCCCUAGAGCCCGCCGGUGGACCGCUGGGACCCUCCCUGCACCCGGCCGCCUACUACCAGCUGGCCUCGCGGUGCUACUACACCUACGUGGCCACGCUGAACCAGUCGGCUGCCGCUGCUGCUGCUGCGGCGGCGGCUGCCUCAGCGGCUCUGGUGGGUACCGGGCCGGCCUCGACUGGGACGGACUCCGGCGCGGCGGCGGCCGUGCCGGCCAAACGGCGCUGCGCCUACUCCAUCGAGGAGCUGCUCAGGGACACCCGGGAGGAACGGCCAGAGGAGGAGGAGGAGGAGCAGGAGGGAAGACGGGUGGUGAGGACUGAGCGGGAGGACGCCGUACAGGAGUGA